AUGCUCGUGGAGCUCAGCAGGUAUCGCGUCCGUUCUAAGCGCUUUCCGGUUGGAGGGUUGUUGCACGGCCUUGAUGGUUUCGUGGAGAGAGAACGGGAGCUCGAGGUCGGCGUUGAUCUCCUACUGAGACAGCGGGACGAUAGCGGCGUCGGAGAUGUUGGAGGGACGGUUGAGGACGCCUCUGAAGUGCUCAGUCCAUGGCUAAAGAAUUUGUGUCUUCUCAGUGAGUAUGGUGCUGCCGUCGGCGCUGAUGAGAGGUUCAGUACCUUGGGCUAGCGAACCGUAGACAGCUUUGAUCGCGGAGAUGUUCUUUCAUUCGUUGUGUCCGCGUACCCUUAGAUCUCUUCGGCCUUCUGAGCUGUCCAGACGUCCUUUAUCUCGCGCAGCCCCUGCUGCACCAGGCGGCAACUACGGUAGAAGGCCGCUCUGUUGUCGUCGGUCGGGCUGUCGAUGUAGGCUUUGUGCAGGCGGUUCUUCUCGGCGAGCAGGUUGCUGAUGACGGCGGUGGCAGCGACUGGAGGGUUGUCUAG